AUGUUUGUUCCAAGGACAGCAGUGGGGUCACUGAACCUCUCAACCGAGGACUUGCGCGUCAGAGAAACCGUUUUCAAUGCUAUUUCAUACCUGAGUGUAACAUCCUGCACCAUAAUCAUCCUCAUCGCCGUCCUCCUGUUCCUACAUCCCUUGUCCAAACAAAAAACGGACCGAGUCAGUUUUCGUCUCAUGAUAUACGCGUUAUGUACAAGCGUUGUAUAUUCAAUAACUAGUAAUGUAGUAAGUCGCGUCCAGGACCAAACGACGUGUCGUGUUACGGGAUCGUCCGUGAUUUUUGGUCUGCACCUAUCAUCCUUCCUGUUCUUCUGCAUCGGCCUCAACCUUCAACUGGUUAUGAUACACGGGAUUGACGGGGCAAAAGCAGAAAAGUACUACGUUUGGGGUAGCCUAUCAUUGGCGGUAGUUUUGGGCGUCUUGACAUACCUAUCGAAACAAUUAACGUAUGAUUCCAAAGUAGGGUGUUACUACUACGACCCCAACCCUGUCAGAGGGUUUUGGUGGCGAAUGGGCAUGCAGAAUAUAUGGAGCUUCCUCACUAUGGCUGGAGAACUCGUAACAUUUUGUUCGGUGGUCAUUUAUAUGAUACGUGUAAAGGUUUUCUCUUCAGGACCUAGAGCAGCAACGGCACCGCGUUCCCAGAGACUCUCAGCAUCGCAACAGUACCGCAAACCUCUGGGACCUAGACAGUACCGGAACAUUGUACUGCGUAUCUCACUCUACCCCCUCUCGUCGUUAAUGACAUCGGGACUCUCAGCUGUAGGGACCAUCUCUCGUCCCACCCAGGGAAUCAAGACUCGAUCAGACUGGAUUGCUGUGAGCACCUUUCGCGCCGCUUUCUUAUUCCGCGGUACGGUCUACGCGUUGGUCGCCUGUGCAGAUCCAGCUAUUACUCAAGGCCUGAAAGUGUUAUACAGACACUAUACACGACGACAGACGUCGAGCCUCCCACCGUCAACCCACGUCGACAUUUCUCGUCAUGUUGCCAGUCAUGGCAGCUCGGGUGCAGCUGACCUCGAGCUCGAAGGAAUCCCUGAUUCGAAGACCGAAAGUUUACGUCGGGCAUGCCUUCGAGAAUCCAGGAGCAACGUGACUCUACCAAAGACAGCUGUGACUUUGCCGAACAGGGACGGUACUCAUUCUGGCGCUAGGUCGAGUUGUACUGCGGGUACAGGUGUGGGAAGCGAACCCCGCGAACCCCACAUCAAUGAUGACGUCGUUCAGAAUCAUUAUUCGUACCCUCAUUUGAGGCAAUUAUAA